AUGGAACAAUCCGCUCCUCUUUUGCCCAGUGCGGACCAGCUCAGCACUCCGGAGCUCUUCCUGGCUUUCUACUUCCAAAGCCCUCCCCAGGUUUUCUCCGAGUCUCAGCCCGACGCCAUCUGCCAGUGUGUUAUUGGACUACCUCCAGGAAUCACCCCCACUUUCUCUCCACGCACUGCCAAGGCCGGUUUGAAGCCACUUUUCCAGUGCUUUGAAGAGAACCAGAGGAAACUGCAGCUCCUCCCAGCGGGACAGAGACGAAAUGUUGCAAUCCGGUCAAACGGUGGUCUCUGGCUGGGGGGCGGAGGCAAUGAUGCUCUGAAGUGGUGUGGUAUACUUACUUGGCUGAGAGGCAUUCUCACAUCCAUCCACUAG